CAAGCCCGCUCAAUCAUGAGCCUGUACAGCCUGCUUGGGCGUGGAUUGACUCCAGGAUGGCGGCUCCCGGCAUUUUUUCUCCGGCUUGAGCUCCAGCGAUGUGGCACUUCUCAGCGAGGUUGAGAGCUUGAUGCCAGAGCCAGAGAAGCUUAGGUUUGAUACUGAGCUUGAGGAUAUUCACCUACAGUUGGUGCCCUUGGUUCCGUUGGGCGCCUUCCAGCAUGCGUGCAUGCGGCAGUCAAGUGUGUCCGCCAGCUGUUCAAGGCAGCAUCUCAACCAGAGAUUGAGCAGAAAAAAUGCAGACCCAGCAGUACGAAGAACGGCUACUACAGUGCUCGACGAGCUCUCCCGUUACUUUGGAGAGGACCACUCGCGAGGGGCGCGUAUGGUGCUGGCAAGUCAUCUUGCGAGAUUUGUUUCUGAUUUCGUGGAGAAAGAGAAUGCUGCAGAGGCGUUAAACUGGUGGACAGAGUUUCUUCUGAACAUCGAGGAUGCUCGUCCCUUCACUCGCAGCAAUUGGGCCCAUGCCUCCGCAUUUGAAGAGGUGCUUAGUCGCUGCCGCAUUAAGUUGCUGGAUCUCAAGCUGGAGGAUACCCGCCCGCCACUCCGGCUGCGUGAAGCUCUCCGAGAGGUUCACAAUGCUGCGCGCCAUGCAGCAGACGACCUGUUGGAGGUGUUGUACAUAGGACUUCGUGCAAAGCCUGCCGCUGAUCGCUUUUCAUACAUGGACCUUUGCCAAUGCAUGCAGGCAGGUCUUUACGGCUCCAACGCAUUUUGCAACAUGGAGGACCAGAUCAUCUUCUACAUUCUUGACCUGGAGAAAUCCUACACCGUGGAUCUCCUUGCUGGCUGUUUCCUCUCCAAAUGCUCUGAGGAGGCUUCUGAAGAUCCUGGCCGUGUCUCGUCCAUACCACUGGCCAGACAUCAUAUUCAAGAGCUGCUUCAGGAACUGCAGGAGAUUGUUUGGGGACGGAAAACUGCUUUGAAGACGGGCUUCUCACUGGAAGCAGUGCAGGUGCUGGGCCAAGAGGUUUGGAUCUUCUUCUGGGAGUUGCAUGGUCUUUACUGUUUGCUCUCUGCUCUCCUUCAACGGAUUGAGAUUUGUUUCGCAGCAGUGCAAGACUAUGCAAGCUUUGUCAGCUUCCUUCCAGUUCAUCAAGCUGCUCUCUUGGAUUUGGAGCGGCUAUUGCCACAGCUGCAAGCAGGCAUCACCCAAAAGAUCAAGGCAUUGAUGGCAGCCUAUGAGGUCUUGCCACGCCCGUCAGCACCUCCGGGACGUGCAAGGUUCUUGGAAAAAUGCCGAAGCCUUCUCCAUCAGCUUAGACAAACAGAACUUCCCUGCAAAAUGGCGACUGAAGCGCUCAGUGCAGUGACCCCACAAGCGACACUGAAGCAAUUCCACCUUUGGAGGGACUCCGACCAGUGCUGGAGGCAGUUUGCACGGCUCCCGCUUGCAGCCCGUGCACUACUCAAGCCAGAGGAGCUGGAUAAGUUGAAAGUUCAUGCUAUGCCCAAGUAUCUUUGCGAACCAACAAGCCCAGCGAGUCAUGCACUUGAUGACCCGCCAGACUUUCGCACAAUCCACUUGGACGAGGAAGUAACAGCGGAUGGGAUGAGCCUCAGGAGUUUUGUCGACGAAGAUACGCGUCUUCACCAAGCUGUGUGCAAGCUUGCUCUCGCAGGGCAAAGUAUUGGCCACAAUGCAUGGGAGGGAGCACGACAUACCGCUGCCUUCAUCAAUGAUAGGGCAAAACAUCUAUUCCCGCACGAAAAGACACACGAACUAGCACCUGUGAGCUGUGCUAGAUUUGCAGAGCUUGUGGACGUGUUCCGCAAAGCCACAGGAACACCAGCUAGAUUGCCUUACACGAACUUCCAAGAUAUGGAAUGGAUUGUUUUGGAUCGUCAAGGGAAAGAAGUGGACACCUUGUCCACAUCGGAAUUCAUGUCAGAGACAGCCCAGACAGAUUGGGCGUCUGAAGCCGAGUUUAGUCUUAGCAACUGAGUCAGCUUAAAAGCCUUUGAGCCUUGACUUAAACAGACCAAA